AUGAAACUCUACUGCAAAGUGGUGGCCCUGGCGCUCUGCCUGGGCAUCUUGCUCUUGCUGUACCUCUUCGUGGGCAACGCGGACGAGCCUCCGUUGAAAGUUGCUAAGGGAAAUCGCUUGGCGCACGUUUCCUCCGGGCCGGGGGCGGACGUGGCCCCAGCGCUCCGGGCACAUUUCCGACCCGUCCCGCCUGCAGCAGCAGCGGAGCAAGAGGAGGAAGAGGCAGCUCAGGUUUCCAGGCGGGAGCCACGUCUCCAGAAAAAGCCAGGCAAACGGAGCGCGGCCAAAGGGAAGUUUGCAAACGUUAGGAGACCAAAGGACCAGAAACCAUCUACAGUUCAGCUCUUGACUCCACCUCCACCUUGGAUGCAUCUGGCAGUUGUAGCAUGUGGUGACCGGCUGGAAGAAACGCUCAUCAUGCUGAAAUCAGCAGUUCUGUUCAGCAACAGGAAACUCAAAUUUCACAUCUUUGCUGAAGAUUCCUUGAAGCCUGAAUUUGAGAGGAAAUUGCAGGACUGGCCUCCCUCUUAUACAAAGAAGUUUGAGCAUAAUGUCUACCCAAUUGCCUUUUCGGUGGGAAAUGCUCAGGAAUGGAAAAAAUUAUUCAAGCCAUGUGCUGCCCAACGCCUUUUUCUUCCGAUGAUUUUAAAAGAUGUGGAUUCCCUUUUGUAUGUGGACACAGAUGUUCUGUUCUUACGGCCCAUUGAUGACAUCUGGGACUUUCUGAGAGCAUUUAAUUCUACGCAGCUGGCUGCAAUGGCACCAGAACAUGAAAUACCAAAGAUUGGCUGGUACAGUCGGUUUGCUCGUCACCCUUAUUAUGGAACGACUGGGGUCAAUUCUGGUGUCAUGCUGAUGAAUUUAACCCGCAUAAGAAAUGCUCAGUUCAAAAACAGCAUGAUACCAACGGGCUUGACAUGGGAAGAAAUGUUGUACCCUUUGUACCAGAAGUACAAAAACUACAUUACGUGGGGAGACCAGGACUUGCUCAAUAUUAUUUUUUCCUUUAAUCCAGAGCGUCUGUAUCUGUUCCCUUGUCAGUGGAACUAUCGGCCAGAUCACUGCAUGUAUGGGAGUAACUGUAAAGGAGCAGAGGAAGAAGGCAUAUCCAUUCUCCAUGGGAAUCGGGGCGUCUACCAUGACGAUAAGCAGCCUACUUUCAAAGCACUAUAUGAAGUGAUACGUGAUUUUUCCUUUGAAGACAAUCUCUUUCAAUCAAUGUACUACCCACUCCAGUCAAAGUUCCUUGAUACUGUACACACUUUAUGUGGUCGAAUUCCACAAGUUUUUCUGAAACAGAUUGAGAUAACCAUGAAGAAAGUCUAUGAAAACCGAGUGGUCAUCCAUGUUGGGGCCAAUUUCAGAUUGUAAUUAUAGCAAUAUAUAUAUAUAUAUUAAUAUGGUCUUCACCAUUUUUAUCCAGACCUCUUGAAGAAGGUUAACUGAAGGGGAAGUGUUUCAGUCA